CUCAGCUUUCGCUUGCCAAUGCAAGAGCAUGCGAGCUGCUGUUGAUAACUUCGAUAUUGAACAGCGACAGACUAGUAUACUUGCUGAUAGUGCGAGGGGCAAAAGUAAGCAGUAUCGCGUGACCAGACCCGGAAGUGCAGCAGAAACGCGGCAUUUCAAAAGCUUUGGGGAAAUGUCAUGAUGUCGUCAUAAAAAACCGACUCCCUAUACAUACAGGUACAGACCCGACAACCUCGAUACAGAUGCAUGCAGGCGACAGAUCAAGCUCCCCAGAGACCUUCAGUCAUCGAAUUGGCAGACGCGAGGCCUGGUCGUGACUCGCAAAUGAUUCCCGCCAAGUUUCCAAGCCGCGGCCUCGCCGUUGAGGUCGUGGCGUUGACCACUUUAGGUGUCGCGACGCUGUUCGUUGUAGCCCGGCUGGUCACUCGUCUCGGUCUUGCCAAGAAAUCCACAUGGGAUGACUUGGUGAUUGUCGUUGGCUGGAUCUUGGCGCUCGGUGUGACACUUUCGAUUGUGUUUGGCGUUGCGAAUGGUUUGGGGAGGCAUGAUGCGGAUAUUCCACACGAGUCGCGGGACGACUUUAGGAAGUGCGUGUAUUCGUUUUCUGUGCUUUAUAACCCGGCGCUCAUGGCGACAAAGACAAGCAUAUUACUGUUCUAUCUACGUCUAUCAAAGAAUAAGAAAUAUUUCCGGCUCGCCACAUAUUUAACGUUGGCGGUGGUCAAUAUAGCCGGUACAAUUCUGACGUUUUUCAGCAUCUUCCUGUGUGAUCCGAUCACCAAGACUUUCAGCGACAGCUCAGGACAAAAGUGUAUACGUCUCGUCACUCUUUACUUUGCAGCCUCGCCUACAAACGUCGCAACUGACAUUGUCAUUCUGAUGCUGCCUAUACCCAUCCUCACUGGCACGCAGCUGCCUCGGAAGCAGAAGAUUAUCCUAGUUUUGACAUUCGCGCUGUGGCUUUUUGUGAUGAUUGUCGAUGUGAUUCGGAUUAAUGUUCUGCAAAAUACCAUAUUAAUCAUCACAGCUGGGGGCCGAGUGCCAACCUUGACAGAUUCUUUCGAAGACACCGCGGAUUUUGCAUACCUCGUUGCGCCUGCGCUAAUGUGGUCCGCUGUGGAAAUUAAUGCUGGGAUCGUCUGCGCUUGCAUCCCAACACUGAGGCCGUUAUUGAGAAGAGUGGUGCCUUGGCUUACUAAGCGAGUCGGAAGUCAUAGCAGUGGCGGGUCGCCAAAGCCGAAGACGAAGCCGACAUCUAGGAAUCAUACUUCAGAUGUUCAAAGUACCACAGAUGAAACUUCAGGGGCUACGGCGCCCACUGAGAACAGACCGAUCCACUCGAAUGCUCGUGAUUUGGAUAUCCAGAUGGACCAGAUGGAGUUUCUUACUCAACCUCGUACGGAGAACAAUAUCACCGCUAGAAAUCAAACGCUGCUCCAAGUUCAAUCAGCCGGCAGCGCUGUUUACUUCGGCUUUUUCAACCUUCAACCCCCAAAAUGCAUGCUGAGGAUGUCUGUAGGUGACUCGUGGAAAUAUUGCAGCGUAGUCACCAUCCUGUUCUUCAUGGUGGGGUUCUCCUUCGGGCUGCUCAAUGCCCUAAACGAUCAAAUCUCGAUUGUCUCACAAUAUACCACUAAGCAAUCCAUAUCAUUACAUACAGCGUUUUUCGGCGCCUACCUUAUAGGUCCAUUCACCGUUGGAUGGUACGCCUUAAAAAAAGGAGGGUUCAAAAUAAUCUUUAUCGUCAGCCUCUGCCUCUAUGGCAUCGGUAUCCUAAUGCUUUGGCCCUCAGCAUCGUUCGUCUCCUUACCCGGCUUCCUCAUCUCAAACGUCAUCACCGGCAUUGGCAUCUCGUCCCUGGAGCUGGCUGCGAACCCUUUCAUCACUCUCUGCGGGCCCCCGCAGUAUGGCGAAAUUCGGCUGCUCUUCGCGCAGGCCAUGCAAGCAGGCGGGGUAGCCGUCAGCGAGUUGAUCGCCAACAAAGGUUUCGCCCCGCUCAUACAGAAGAAGAUGAACUUAAUCCCUGUACAGUGGACUUACUUUAGCGUCGCGCUCUUCGCCAUCGUCAUCGCUCUUUUCUUCUACUACAUGCCGCUCCCCGAAGCAGGCGAUGAAGAUCUGCAAAAGGAGCUCCAGCCGCACCUCCUGCCGAUGAACAGAGCCGUGAGGUCGGCCUCGUCGACGCACAUCGGUGGUAUUAGAACUGUGUUUUUGACCCUUGCCCUUGGUGUUAUGGUGCAAUCUAUCUACCUUCUCUCGCUGGAAGCCCUUAAUAUUUGGUACAUCGAGGUACUCGCCCCGCCGCCCGCGGAACAAAAGAUCCACGGCCUCAGUCUCUCGCCUAGAAACUACCUCCUCUUGGCCUACAGCUUGAUGUUCUUCUCGCGCGUUGUAGCCGGCUUGUUAUGUCUUAUUAUGCGGCCGCGGCUCAUUCUUCUGCUCUUCCUCGCGGGCAGCCUAGCAUUCACGAUCGCCUUCGUUGCUCUCCCAGAGGGCAAGUCAGCUAAAGACCCGAACUUGGUCGCCGUGCUUGGAAUAAUGAUAUUCCUCUUUCUAGCACCUGUUUUUCCCCUUGUCUAUGCUAUAACGUUAAGGGGAAUGGGGAGGAAUACGAGGAUCGCGGCAGCAAUGCUGACGGCUUCGAGGUGUAUAGGGACGGUGGGCCCGUGGAUUAUAUUUGGGGCGAUGAGAAAUCGGAGUCUGAGGAGGUCAUUUUGGGUCAUAAUUCUUUUGCUUGGCGUCGCGCUGGUGUUUCCGGUAUAUCUUUCUGUCGUGAGGAAGGCAAGGUUUGUAGUGGAUUGGAACUUCAGGGAUAGAGAGGGGGAAGAGCGGCCCGAGUCGCAGAGACGGCAGAGCGGAAUUCCUGAUAUAAUGAGGCAGAGUGAAGAAGAUGAGGACCGAGGCUGGGAAAGGUGGGGACGUUGGGGUAGCUGGGGAGAAGAGAAGAUCAGGAGGGCAAGUGCGGUAGGUACGGAAAAGGUGAAAAAAGUUGUGGUUGUGCUGAGAGAGUGGGCUGAUUGGUAGCGGAUAUGUUGCGUCGACGAUGACAACAAUUAUAAUUGGUGCCUCCCCAGUCACCACAGGAAAUUGUAAAUGCCUAUUAUUACAAGCGGAUAUAGAGCAAUAUACAAGAGUAGAGGCACGGAGUAUAACUGAUGGGCUAGAUAUAGGUAGGGGUGUGUAUUUUUAUGUCAUAG